GAUGCACCGUGGAUUCUGGUUUACGCAGCAAAAAAAAUGAUCAAAAGUCAAAAUAUAGUUCUUUGGUUUUAUUCUUUAGCUGAUUCUGUAGGCUGGUAAAAAACCUUAUGACCACCCACGUGCAUAAUAUGCUACCUAAGACCCACCUAUUUAUACCGUGAAAUGCCCACAUCCCAACCUGAAAUUAAUUAACUAAUUAAGUGAAUUCCUAAUCAAAGAACUUAUUCUAAACGGCAAAUUAAACAAAAAUUCUAAUGAUAAAUUAACUAAGAAAUAAACAAGAAUAAACUAAACAAUUUAAAUUCUAAGAUUUAACCAAAAAUGGGAAAAUAGCUCCUACACUGACCCUUUCAAAAAAAAAAAAAGUUUUUAACCACCGUACUUCUAAGAGUGACCAUUAGGUGGCGGCAUUUAUCUUCUACUGUUUUACCGGACGCAGAGGAUCUGUAAACCCUGUUCAUUGGUUUAUUUUACUGUUCUCUAAAAAGUAAUGAAGUGUGAAGUGACUACUACUACCACUCCUCUGAAUCUGCACCUUUAAAUGAAGCGUUCCAUCAGUAGAACAGAUGCUGCCUCUGAAUUAUUCUGUGCAAAUAAUUCAGAUCAGUCAGAAGUGCAUGUGUAAUCAGAGGCAGGGAAACGGUGGUAGGUUUAUCCACAGUUGGUUAAAUAUGUUGUUAAUCAUUGUUGGUGAACUGAAGGCUGACAGACCAUCAGAGCAAGCAUCACAUUUUAAAUGUGUUUAGCUGAACACAAGGUGUUGUUAAUCAAUAUCCUGGUGCUGGUAGCGCUUCUUCCACUGGUGUUGUUGGGAACCAGUCCACUAAUCGGAGCAUUCCCAUUACAGCUCCAGACUUUUAAUAUGUUUUGAUGAGAAUUUAUGUCAGAGAGCAACACAAAGUGCUGAUAAAUGUUUCUGAAAAUUGUGUGUAAUACGGACAUCUGGAAAGUGUGGUGUGCACUUGUCUUCAGUCCCCUUUUUCACCCCACAUUAAAAUUCUUGUACUGCCAUAUGACUUUGUAUUUUUGUUCUUUGAAAGUUUGGCCCAUUCACUUUUGCAAGGAAAGUCAAGCUCUGUCGUAUCGGAUGGAAAGUGUCAUCAGAUUCCUAUUUGGAUUUAGUUCUGGACUUUGACUAGACCAUUUUAACCCAUAACCCACAUAGACCCAUACAUAGUGUUUUAUUUGUAAGCCACAGAGUUAUGUUUUCAGGACUCAUUCAUCCAUUUGUCCUCUGUUAGCAUCGCCAUCCUGUUGAACUGCUCAAAAACAUUCUCGCUAAAACCACAACCUGGACUUGGAUUGUCUCUGGCAGGCUUUCAACUGGGCCAGUCAGCUAAUAGGAGAUGCUGUGAACAUGAAACUUAGAGUUGUAGUUUACUUUGUUGACAAAUUAAUCUUCAUUAAAACGUCACAUGGUAUCAGUUUUGGGACAUUUAGCUUCAUUUAAUUGUCGCGUGUUUGGUUUAAUCCAUAUUGUUGGAACCGUAUUUUCGCUACACCGCUUAUGUGAUAUAUUGUGAGCUCUAAAUGGGCCGAAUCUUUUCUCUUUAGCAGUUGAGGCUAAAGAGCCGGACCAUCGCCUUCCGGUGUAGUUCCGCUCCAAAACGGUUCACGCGCAAAGUGUGGUACAGGGACCUGUUGGCUUCCGGUUUUGUUUUUUCUUGAACAGGCGCCUCCAGCACAGAUCCUGUCAGGACGCGCCCGGUAGAGGUGAAGGUGCAGCGGAGGCAGGCGGUACCGGGGCGGUGAAAGUCACGGUACCGUUUCCGACCCAGUGCGGUGGCACCAACCCAGGCUGUAGCGAACAGGGCACUGGGACAGCCUGAUAAAGUCAGAAGUUUUCUCAGCUGCCUAACCAUUUCUGUGUCUGUGGGGGGGGAAACGAGUCUUUUCUACUGGAAAAAAAACAAUACGGAAUGAAAUAAAAACGGGUAUUUGUAACUUCAACAUUAGACCUUCGGUUUUAUUAAGUGUAAGUUGGAAAAAGAAAUAAAUAAAAUAAAAUCUCGGCCAUAAUUUGAGGGCGCCCUCCCACCUCCACCAUGGGCAUGGUGUCCUAGCAACAUGGAGGCAGAGGCAUGUCUCUGAUGAGAAUCGAUUCAGUCAUUUUUUGGGAAAAAUAAAUAAAUAAAAAUUGGGGCAUCGAGGAUGAAAGGGGCAGGUGCUCCCUCCUCCACACCCCACGCUGCACGUAUAUAUUGUAUUAUAUUUCUUAUAUGUACAUUAAACUGCUGACAUUUUAAAGGCCUUUGUUGUGCGACAUUAUUAGUGGCCUCAUGUGACCGUCUUUUGUCAAACUUUCUGUUUUCUCCCUGUUGGGACGCUUUAAAUAAAAGGCGUUACCAGCCUGGCCCGCGCGCCUCUACAGCUCCUCGGGUCAGGAGCGCGUGGGGCUCGGAGGCAGAUCCUCGGCAGAACACGCCCUGAUAGAAAAAGGUAGCCCCACGCGGAGUGAGACCCAGACGGACGCGAUCGUUGAGCCGGAUCACACAGCGGAGCGGCCGGGAUCAGCCGCUCCAAUAAUGCCCCCUCCGCAGGUUCCCACAAACGGACUCCCACCGAAUCAGACCGGGACGGGCUCGCUGCCACUCACUGUGGAUUCACUGUGGACCGACGGCUCGGAACACCUGGAGACCCUGAAGGAGGUUUCUGCUGCGGCAGAGGAUUAAAUCCCACCAUGAGCAGGAAGACCCGGCGUUGGAUUUUCCAUUUUUUCCUCUGCCUCGGAGUAGUUUACCUUAAAAUCGGGGGGCUGUCGUCGGUGGUCGCGCUGGGAGCCAGCAUCAUCUGCAACAAGAUUCCGGGCUUGGCCCCCCGGCAGCGGACGAUCUGUCAGAGCCGACCCGACGCCAUCAUCGUGGUGGGAGAGGGAGUCCAGGCGGGCAUCAACGAGUGCCAGUUCCAGUUCAGGCACGGCCGCUGGAACUGCUCGGCCCUGGGGGAGAGGACCGUGUUUGGGAAGGAGCUCAAAGUGGGCAGUAAGGAGGCCGCAUUCACCUACGCCAUCAUAGCGGCCGGCGUGGCCCACGCGGUCACCGCGGCCUGCACCCAGGGCACUCUGAGCGGCUGCGGCUGCGACAAGGAGAAGCAGGGUUUCUACAACCAGGAGGAGGGCUGGAAGUGGGGCGGCUGCUCUGCGGACGUCCACUACGGCCUGGGGUUCUCCAAAGUGUUCGUGGACGCACGCGAGAUCAAGCAGAACGCCAGGACGCUCAUGAAUCUGCACAACAACGAAGUGGGCCGAAAGGUCCUUGAGAAGGAGAUUCGCCUGGAGUGCAAGUGCCACGGCGUUUCCGGAUCCUGCACUACCAAGACGUGCUGGAUGACGCUGCCUAAGUUCAGGCAGCUGGGAUACAUCCUGAAAGACAAGUACAACCAAGCGGUGCAUGUGGAGCCCGUCCGCGCCAGCCGCAACAAGCGGCCCACCUUCCUCAAGGUCAAGAAACCGCACUCCUACCACAAGCCGAAAGACACGGAGCUGGUCUACAUCGAAAGGUCACCCAACUACUGCGAGGCCGACCAGCUCACCGGCAGCAUGGGAACACAGGGGCGCCUGUGCAAUAAAACCGCUCUGCAGCCCAACAGCUGUGACCUGAUGUGCUGUGGCCGUGGAUAUAACACUCACCAGUACUCUCACGUUUGGCAGUGCAACUGCAAGUUCCUGUGGUGCUGCUACGUCAAGUGCAACACCUGCAGCGAGAGGACAGAGGUGUACACCUGUAAAUAGGGAUAUUUAUUAGGGCACACACCUGGACUGUGCUGUGUGUGAACGUGCGUGCGUGCGUGUGUGUGUGUGUGUGUGUGCGUGUGUGUUUGGGUAUGUGUGGCUUUUCUUUACAAAAUCACAUUACAACAGUUUAAACUGGCCUGUUCUGCUUCUGUUGAUUAUGAUGACGCCAAUGGACGUUGGAUUCAGCUCGGAGGUCCAUAAUUGUUCCAUUAAUCUUUCAAGUUCAGAGCUUUUUCAUAUUGCAGACUACUUUUUUUUUUUCUUUGGCUGUCUAUGUCUAUAGGUGCAGUGGGACUAAUGUCAAACGUUAUUUGCUUUUCAUUUUGUAGAAUAGUAAUUUAUUGACUUAAAAAACUACUGAUCACAUUGAAAACACUGCAAAAACA